AUGAUUUCCGGGUCCCUUCGAGUCCCGUACCGAGCCCGGGGGCCUCUUGAACCUGACCCCUGCCUCCGCGCUACGCAGGAGGGCGGCUCGCAGGCUUCGACGCUCAGCUGCCGUGGCGGUCCCGAGUGCCACGAGUUCGUCCCCGUCACCGAGACGCCCGGACCCAGCAACGCGGCCCACAGGCUUUCUUUUCCUAGCGGCAUCGAGAGGCACCUGGCCCGCCUGCACAGCUCGUCGGCAGGAGACAACCGCAAGUCCUUCCCACCAUGCCAGGCGUCGGACACGGACUCGGGCCUCGGGCGCACCAUCACGGCCGAGACAAGCGAAGAGAGCUUCGCGGGUGUCAUGGCCCCUGCGAGGCGUCCUGGUGCCUUGGCCGCGUCCAGCGCGGACGACGACGGCGGCCUGGCGCACGAGAUGGCCCUGCUCCGGGUGGAGCUGGAGAUUGUGCGCUGGGAGUGCGAGAGCAUCAUCCGCCAGAAGCGUCGCCGUGAUCAGGACCUGGUUGGCUCGUGGUCUCGACGCAGGCGGGUGCUGGACUGGAUGCAGCGCCACGACAGCAGCGACACCUCCUACGACCCGUCCACGCUGUCGUCCACCUCAGAGGCUCGGGCCGCCAGCCCGAGCCCCACGUCCUCCGUAGAAGCCCUGUGCAGGACUCCGCCGUCGUACGUGGCCUCGCCGCGCUCGCAGAGCAUGAACCUCAGCCCCGCGCCGUCUCCGGAACGCAAGCGGUGCUCUUCGGCCAGCCCCGUCCGUCGCAAGAUGGCCGAGUCUCCUGUGAGUCCGAUGCGGACGUAUCGGCUGUGCUGUACCAUAGGUGAGGCCCCCGUAGGCUUCAGGCCUCGGUGCAGCUCGAACCCGGUGCCCAGGGCGCCCCGCCCUCAGCCCCUGGCCAGCUCCCGAACGGCGACGCAGCUGAGUAGGCACCCCGACCAGGGCACGUCCUGCUUCCCGACGCAAAGCAUCCCGUCCGGCCGCGCCGCAUCUCCGCUGUCCGUCCAGGAGGACCGGCCUCGGCGCUGGUUCGAGGGACUCCUCCAGGACCCUGAGCCCAGUCACGUGUGCUCUUUCUCCAGCCCUCAGCGGCAGAGCCCUCGGUUGCAGCCCGUUAUGGAGGCUGAGUGCUUCGGAGGCCUGGAUUUGGACGUGGAGCUGGUGAGCGCGGGAUACGAGUUUCCCAGGGACGACGUCCGAAAGGCGCGGCGCCAAGCCAGAAAGGAACGCGCCAAGGAGAUUGCACGCACCAGGGCCGACACCACGACGUCGACAGACUCGGACGCGACACUCAAGCACCACGUCAGUUGCCACGCCUGCCGCAGGAAGGUGCCCAAGGUAGCCAGACCUCGCAGGGGACAGGACGUUAGGCUAUGA